GAAACAAAGAAAGAUUCAUUUUUUUUCUAAGCCCUCCUAAGUUCAUAAAAAGUCACAAAUGACGUCGCCGCAUUGUUCUCAUUAAAAGGAGAACGAAAGAGAACACAAGCUUUCUUAAGCUUUAUAUUUAAGAAUGCCAGUAAACGAUGCAAAAUACAUUAAAGAAGUAUGGGCUGAAAACCUAGAAGAAGAGAUGGCGUACCUUCGUGAUUUAGUAGAAGAUUAUCCUUACUUGGCCAUGGAUACUGAAUUUCCUGGUGUAGUAGCUAGACCUAUCGGUACAUUCAAGACAUCUUCUGACUAUCAUUAUCAAACACUUCGAUGCAAUGUGGAUUUACUAAAAAUUAUUCAACUGGGUGUUACUUUUGCUGAUCAGUAUGGUAAUUUGCCAGGCAAUGUCUGUACUUGGCAGUUCAACUUCAAGUUCAACUUGGCGGACGAUAUGUAUGCACAAGAUUCAAUUGAACUAUUAACCAAAUCAGGCAUUGAUUUCAAAAAGCAUGAAGAAUAUGGUAUUGAUGUUGAACAUUUUGGAGAAUUGUUGAUUAGUUCUGGGUUUGUCUUGUUAGACGAUGUUAAAUGGAUAUCAUUUCAUAGUGGCUACGAUUUUGGUUAUCUGUUAAAAGUAUUGACUUGUUCAUUGAUGCCUGCAGAUGAAACAGAAUUUUUUGAAUUACUUCGAACUUAUUUUCCAUGUAUAUACGAUAUUAAAUACUUGAUGAAAAGUUGCAAGAAUCUAAAAGGUGGAUUACAAGACAUAGCUGAUGACUUACAAGUGGCUAGAAUUGGUCCUCAACAUCAAGCUGGUAGUGAUAGUCUAUUGACUUGUACCACCUUUUUUAAGAUGAGGCAAAUGUUUUUUGAAGAUAGAAUUGAUGAUCAAAAAUACCUGUAAGUGUAGAAGAAGUCUAAGUGGUUGUUAUUCACUAGCUGUAUAGUGGUUAUCUGUAUGGGUUAAAAUGUAGUCCAAACUCAAUUCAAGCAAUCACAUCAGCAACUCAUCAUUUAUCAAUAGAUGAUCAUUUGAAUAAAGCAAAUGGAAAGUAAAA